UCCUUACUUUUAGAACGGUUUCCAGAAGUGAUGGGAGGAGGUGAGCAGGGCAACUAAAUAUAGUCCUGGGGCCAGUGGUCAGUCUGGGAGGGUCUGUCUGCUUUUUACUGCAUGCCCAUCACCCGUGGGGUCCACUGCUAGCUGCCCCUGUGAGUCCACUGUCUUUGCUCUGUGCUUGCUGCUGGCUCCUUACCCAUCUUCUGACAGAGCUCCGACCCCUCUACGGUUAGGCCUGACCUUGACUGGGCCUCCUGGGAGUUUCUUUUUGCUCAAGAUCUCCAACAAAACCUGCCCGCCAUGUCUGCUGCGCCCGGACUCUUGCACCAGGAGCUGUCCUGCCCGUUGUGCCUGCAGCUGUUCGACGCGCCCGUGACCGCCGAGUGCGGCCACAGCUUCUGCCGCGCCUGCCUGAGCCGCGUGGCAGGGGAGCCAGCGGCGGACGGUACGGUGCUUUGCCCGUGCUGCCAGGCACCCACGCGGCCGCAGGCGCUCAGCACCAACCAGCAGCUGGCGCGCCUGGUGGAGGGGCUGGCUCAGGUGCCGCAGGGCCACUGCGAGGAGCACCUAGACCCACUCAGCAUCUACUGCGAGCAGGACCGCGCGCUCGUGUGCGGCGUGUGCGCCUCGCUCGGUUCGCACCGCGGCCACCGCCUGCUGCCAGCCGCCGAAGCCCAUGCGCGCCUCAAGACGCAGCUUCCACAGCAGAAGAUGCAGCUGCAGGAGGCGUGUAUGCGCAAGGAGAAGAGUGUGGCUGUGCUGGAGCAUCAGCUGGUGGAGGUGGAGGAGAUGGUGCGUCAGUUCCGAGGAGCUGUGGGGGAGCAGCUGGGCAAGAUGCGGGUGUUCCUGGCUGCCCUGGAGGGCUCCUUGGACCGUGAGGCAGAGCGUGUGCGGGGUGAGGCAGGGGUCGCCUUGCGGCGGGAGCUGGGGAGUCUGAAUUCUUAUCUGGAGCAGCUGAGGCAGAUGGAGAAGGUGCUGGAGGAGGUGGCAGACAAGCCGCAGACUGAGUUCCUCAUGAAAUACUGCCUGGUGACCAGCAGGCUGCAGAAGAUCCUGGGAGAGUCACCACCACCCGCCCGUCUGGACAUCCAGCUUCCUGUCAUCUCAGAUGACUUCAAAUUCCAGGUGUGGAGGAAGAUGUUCCGGGCUCUAAUGCCAGCCCUGAAGGAGCUGACCUUUGACCCGUGCUCCGCCCACCCGAGCCUGGUGCUGUCUCCCUCGGGCCGCCGCGUGGAGUGCUCCGAGCAGAAGGCGCCGCCGGCCGGGGAGGACCCGUGCCAGUUCGACAAGGCCGUGGCGGUGGUGGCGCACCAGCUGCUCUCGGACGGGGAGCACUACUGGGAGGUGGAGGUGGGCGACAAGCCGCGCUGGGCGCUCGGCGUGAUCGCGGCCCAGGCCAACCGCCGCGGCCGGCUGCACGCGGUGCCCUCGCAGGGCCUCUGGCUGCUUGGGCUGCGCGACGGCAAGAUCCUGGAGGCGCACGUGGAAGCCAAGGAGCCGCGUCCGCUGCGCACCCCGGAGAGGCGGCCGUCGCGCAUCGGCAUCUACCUAAGCUUCGGCGACGGCGUCCUUUCCUUCUACGACGCCAGCGACGCCGACGCGCUGGAGCUGCUCUUUGCCUUCCACGAACGCCUGCCCGGGCCCGUGUAUCCCUUCUUCGACGUGUGCUGGCACGACAAGGGCAAGAAUACUCAGCCGCUGCUGCUCGUGGGGCCUGAUGGCGAGGAGGCCUGAGGCCCGCCGGGUUGGGGAGGGGUUCGGGGUCCUGGCGGCUGGCCUGGGGCCCGGAGGGAGACGGGUGGGAGGAGGGGAUGGGGGAGGGGGCGAUGGGUUGCCAGGCCCGAAGGCAGGGCCAAGGCGAGUGGGGACUGGGGCCUCAAAGAUUCGUGAGAAGUUGGGGGUUGGCACGAACAGGGGACUGCAGUGACGGUUAGGGUGGCAGUGGGGAGGGGAGAUCUAAAGUCGGGUCAGUGAGGAAAUCCCAGUUUGGGAAAGAAAGGCCCAGGGGUUCCAGGAAGAAACUGAGGCUGAGAGAAGGAGGGAAAAGGGUCAUUGGUCUGGGGGCGGGGGUGGGAGGGGGGCUGAUUGAGAGGAGGAGCUGGAGAACUCUGCGAGAAGGAGCCCCUGCAGCCUCAUUCUCCCCUCCUCCUUGGGGCCUCCGCAGGGGUCCAGACUCACCGUACCAAAAGGCCUUCCACUUAGUGGUUCUUCAGCUUGGGCCUGCAUCCACAUCACCUUGGCAAAGUGCAUAACAGGGACUUGUUAAGCCCAGAUUGCUGAGUUUCUGAUGCCGUAGGUCUGGGGCUGGUGGGCUGGCGAAAAAUGUGCCUUUCUAUCAAGUUCCCACCUGAUGCAGAUGCUGCAGGUCACAAGUGGGGUCCCACCUGAAGGACAGCUGACUCAGGCACCCACCUGUUCAGUCAGCUACUUGUCUUGUAGAGGCGGUUAUCAGAUAGCUGUCAGCUACCAGGCAUAGAAAACCCAAAAUACAGUCCUCAAUUCAACGGCCAUUUAAAAACUGCCAGAGCCUAUGUUGGGUAAAUAAACCGAUCUCCAACUUGUUUCCCUUUGCUUCUAGAAUAUAUUUGCUGAGUGUUUUGGGUGUUGAGGAAAUCUCCCAAAUUGCCGACCAAGAGAAAGAGCCUGAUGCUAACCCCAUGCCGGGCCCUGCUGCUUGUGGAAAAUAGAGAGCUCCCCACCCAGCCCUACAAGUUGGCCCCUCACCACUAACUUGCUGGUUCACACCUUCUUUGCUUUUGGCUCAAAGGUCUAUUUCUUGGGCUCUGGAGUAACUGUUGAGCUGAGAGUGAGAGUGCCCUUUCCCUGGAGGGAGAGGACUUUGGGCAUUCGGGCAGGUGGGACUGAGCCUGCUGCCCCUCCUAUCCUAAGGGAGGAUGAUGGCCUGGGGCCGUUCCAUCUCACAUGAUGUUGCUGGGAUGCUGCUACUGCUGUGUGAAAGGGCAUCGGGACCCCUGGCAACUAGUGCCAACUUGGGGAUUUUCUUGGGGGUGGGACUAAGAGAUAAGGGGGAAAGGAGGGUUGUGGGUGGGGUAAGAAAGGCCUCAAGAUGUGGCUCAGGGGCACUCCUGGCUGUGUCUCCCAGAGGAAGGUCUGUAGGGCCCUGGCUCUGGGAGACAGAAGAGAGGAUUAAUUUGAGAAGCUCUUUCAUGCUAGAAAAUAAAACAGUAAACUAAAAGGAUUUUUUGGUUGUAAAAUCCAGCACCAAUAAUAAAAACAAUUGUAUUCUGA